GUGGGAGGACAAGAGCGAGAGAGAACAGACAAGCAUAAAAAAGGCGAAAAGAAUAGAACAAGAAAAGAAAAGAAGAAACUAAAGACACAGAUAUAAAGAAGACACAAAGAGGAAAGUGAAAGGCUGAGGGAGUUGUUGCUCUGUUGGGCGUCCAUCCAGCAGACUGCAGAGACUUCACUUUGUGUCCAAGUGAGUGGACAAAACCAGUGUGACUGGGAGGCUAUUGGGAGGACGGACUGGUUUCUACACACAGUGAGCAGACUGCCAAGCACCAUGGCUGACAACGUGAACGAGGAGUCGGAUUAUAACCCAGGGAAAGAUGAGCUGAACUGGGGCUACGAGGAAGGUGUAGAAUGGGGACUCCUUUUCCCAGCAGCCAACGGAGAGUACCAGUCUCCCAUCAACUUAAACUCCAGGGAGGCUCAGUAUGACUCGUCCCUCCUAGAUGUCGGCCUAUCACCAAACUAUGUGGUGUGUCGAGACUGUGAGGUCAUCAAUGAUGGACACACCGUCCGCAUCAUUCUCAAGUCCAAGUCAGUGGUUACCGGGGGUCCGUUGCCUAGUGAUCAUGAGUACGAGCUUCAUGAGGUUCGAUUCCACUGGGGCAAGGAGAACCAGAGAGGAUCAGAGCACACUGUCAACUUCAAGGCUUUCCCUAUGGAGCUGCAUCUGAUUCACUGGAACAGCACUCUGUUUAACACUCUGGAGGAUGCUCUUGGGAAGAAGAAUGGAGUCCUCAUCAUAGCUCUUUUUGUUCAGAUCGGUAAGGAGCAUCUGGGUCUGAAGGCCAUCACUGAAGUGCUACAGGACCUGCAGUACAAGGGCAAGAGCAAGAUAAUCCCCUGCUUCAACCCCAACACUCUGUUACCAGACCCUCUACUGAGAGACUACUGGGUGUAUGAAGGAUCUCUGACCACACCACCUUGUAGUGAAAAAGUGACCUGGAUCCUGUACCGCUACCCUCUCACCAUCUCACAGCUACAGAUCGAGGAGUUUCGGAGGCUGCGGUCUCAUGUCAAAGGGGCGGAGCUGCUAGAAGGGAAUGAUGGGAUGUUGGGGGACAACUUCCGUCCAACCCAGCCGCUCAGUGACCGGACUGUUCGCGCCGCCUUCCAGUGACUCUCACUCUCCACUGCCAAAACAGAAAAACUACAGGACCUAGAGAUACAUGUGCUGAAGGUAACAGUGUCAAAGGAAUUUGUCAGAUCACAAAUGAUCAUUUACAUAUCAAUCACUGAAUCUGUGUUAAGUUGAAUUAGAAAGAACACAUACAGGAAACUGUGU